CGGAGGGGUGGCGCGCUGGGCUGGGAGGAGGCUGGCAGGCUGGUGGGCUGGGCGGGCGGCGGGCGGCCGGGAGCGCGCGGCAGACUCGGCGGCGGCGAGUAGUUAGUUACUUGUUAGUGUCAGUUGCUCGGUGGAAGCGGCCGCGGUCACCAGGAAGGGGACGGGACGGCCGGCGAUGGUGGUCACCACAGCGGCAUGUGCGCCUUUCAGGUAUCUGCCUGAACUGGAACUCAUGCUGUAGACAUUUCUUUGUGGAUUCAUCUAAAAAUCUGAGUUGAAUUCUUCAGAAGAAGGGGGAAAGAGCCUUCUAGUUUUCAAACUCUUGAGAUGUGACUGUUUCAAUUUAUCUACUGCUUGCCAGGAAAAGAAUAUUUGAGGGCCAUUUGUAAGGAAAGAAGAGGAAGCAAUGACAUAAUGCCUACAGUUGGAGCCAGUUAAACUGGUAAACAUUGCAGUCUUCAGAAAGUAAGUUAAGGAAUCCAAGGCAAGGAAGAAAGUAAAUUCAUCCUGGAAGGACUCAAAGCACUUUGAAAUUUUAAAUGAAUGUAAUGAUAGCUGCUAAAACCACCUUUGUCACCAUAAUGGAUGAAGUACUUCAAAUUUAAACGAUUGAUCAUACCUACAAGAGCUGCUAUGGUACCAAGGGGAGGUGAAAACUGAUGGACGAAAGUUUUACUACCAUGCACUGAAAAGAGAGCAUUGUCUGUGAAGGUCCUUUUUUAAAAAUGUCUGCUUGUAACACCUUUACUGAACACGUUUGGAAACCUGGUGAAUGCAAGAACUGCUUUAAACCUAAAAGCUUGCACCAGCUUCCCCCAGACCCUGAGAAGGCACCCAUCACCCAUGGCAAUGUGAAAACUAAUGCCAAUCACAGUAACAACCACCGCAUGAGGAACACUGGAAAUUUCCGUCCUCCUGUGGCUAAAAAACCCACUAUAGCUGUGAAGCCCACUAUGAUGGUGGCAGAUGGGCAAAGUGUAUGUGGUGAACUUAGUAUCCAAGAACACUGUGAGAACAAACCUGUCAUCAUAGGAUGGAACCGAAACAGGACGCCCUUGAAUCAGAAACCACUUAAUAAUAAUAAUGAAGAUGACAUUGAAGGCUUUAGCCAUGUUCCUAAGCCUUAUGGCAAUAAUGAUAGUGCAAAGAAGGUAUCAAAUAACAAUAAUGGACUAACGGAUGUGUUAAAGGAGAUAGUAGGCUUGGAUGCCACCCCUCAGAUAAGAGGAAAUGAAACAAACUCCAGAGAAACAUUCUUAGGAAGAAUAAAUGAUUGCUAUAAAAGAUCACUGGAAAGAAAGCUUCCACCGAGUUGCAUGAUGGGUGGGAUCAAGGAUACUCAAGGCAAGCACGUGAUUCUGAGUGGGAGCACAGAAGUGAUCAGUAAUGAAGGGGGCCGGUUCUGUUACCCAGAGUUUUCUAGCGGCGAGGAGAGUGAAGAAGAUGUACUUUUCAGUAACAUGGAGGAGGAGCACGAGAGCUGGGAUGAGAGCGAUGAAGAGCUGUUGGCCAUGGAGAUUCGCAUGAGAGGGCAACCCCGCUUUGCUAACUUCAGAGCAAAUACUUUGUCUCCUGUUCGAUUCUUUGUGGGCAAAAAAUGGAAUACAGUCCCCUUGCGAAAUAAGUCCCUGCAGAGGAUCUGUGCUGUCGACUAUGAUGACAGCUAUGACGAAAUCCUAAAUGGCUAUGAAGAAAACUCUGUGGCCUCCUAUGGACCAGGAAGCGUUCAGAGCAUGGCGUCCUCUGACUCUGCGUCACCAGGUUCUUCUUUAACAGAAGAAUCGCGUUCUGAGACAGCCAGUAGUUUAUCCCAGAAGAUCUGUAAUGGGGGAGUAUCUCCGGGUAACCCCGGAGAGUCUAAGGACAUGAAGGAAAGGGAGCCCAAUUGUGAAAGUCUCUCUGGUAAUAGUCAGGAGAAGGACUCCUCACAAGUACCUAAAAGCUCAGUAAAAGUUCCAGAAACACAUAAAGCCGUCCUUGCUCUCCGACUGGAAGAGAAGGAUGGCAAGAUUGCCGUACAAACUGAGAAGCAAGAAAGUAAAGCCUCUACAGAUAUCGCUGGCCAAGCCAUAACCAUAAACCUCGUCCCCGUGGAAGAGCAAGCAAAGCCUUACCGAGUUGUCAAUCUGGAACAGCCAUUGUGCAAGCCAUAUACUAUCGUGGACGUGUCGGCAGCCAUGGCCAGUGAGCACCUUGAGGGCCCUGUUAACAGCCCCAAGACAAAAAUCUCAUCUUCUACUCCAAACUCUCCGGUGACAUCACCCGCGCUGACAACAGGACAAACAGGUGCCCGUUUCCAAAACUCCAGUGCAAUACGAUACCAGGAAGUAUGGACUUCCAGCACCAGCCCGCGACAAAAGAUACCCAAGGUGGAACUGGUUAGCGGUGGAACUGGGCCAAACAUCCCUCCGAGGAAAAACUGUCACAAAUCAGCACCCACUUCACCUACAACAACAAACAUUUCCUCUAAAACUAUCCCUGUUAAGUCACCCAAUCUGUCUGAAAUAAAAUUCAAUAGUUACAACAAUGCUGGUAUGCCACCUUUUCCAAUUAUCAUUCAUGAUGAGCCGACUUAUGCUCGGAGUUCCAAAAAUGCCAUCAAAGUCCCCAUUGUCAUCAAUCCAAAUGCGUAUGACAAUCUAGCCAUUUACAAAAGUUUUCUCGGAACAAGUGGAGAACUGUCGGUGAAAGAAAAAACCACCAGUAUAAUAAGCCAUACUUAUGAAGAAAUCGAAACUGACAGCAAAGUGUCCAAUAACAGCACCAGCAAACCUACUGACUGUCCCCAAGCCAAAGGGUUUUCCAACAGCACAGAGCGUAAAAGGGGCUCAGUGGCUCAAAAGGUUCAGGAGUUUAACAGCUGUCUUAACAGAGGUCAGUCUUCACCACAGAAAAGCUAUAGUUCUAGCCACAGCUCCCCAACAAAGAUCCAGAGAACCACUCAAGAACCUGGGGCCAAAACCGAAGGCCCUCAGGAGUCUCCGAUGACGUGCACCAGCAGCAGCAGCAGGGAGAAAGCGAGCACGGUGCUUUCUCAGAUUGUGGCUUCUAUCCAGCCGCCGCAGUCCCCUCCAGAAAUGCCCCAGUCCGGCCCGAAAGCAUGCAGCGUGGAAGAGCUGUACGCAGUUCCUCCAGACGCCGAUGCUAAGAGUACCCCUAAGAGUACACCAGCCCGACCCAAAUCUCUCUUCACGGCUCAGCCCGGCGCUGAAGCUGAAGCCCCGCAGACCACAGAAAGCCCGACGACCAAAGCACGGAAAGAUCCGCUCACAAAGCCGGUCACCAGCCCUCUCUCCAAAUUAGUGGCCAACCCCCAGAGCGAGCCCCCACCUCCCUUUCCCCCACCUCGCUCUACUUCCUCCCCUUAUCAUGCAAGCAACCUUCUGCAAAGGCAUUUCACCAACUGGACCAAGCCCACCAGUCCUACCAAGUCAACAGAAGCUGAAUCGGUUUUGCACUCUGAAGGCAGCAGGCGGGCGGCUGACGCGAAACCUAAGCGCUGGAUAUCAUUUAAAAGCUUCUUCCGCCGCCGGAAAACAGAUGAGGAAGAGGAUAAAGAAAAAGACCGAGAGAAAGGAAAACUGGUGGGCCUGGAUGGCACAGUCAUCCACAUGCUGCCGCCGCCUCCCGUCCAGCGCCAUCACUGGUUCACAGAGGCCAAAGGAGAGUCCAGUGAGAAGGCGGCCAUUGUCUUCAUGUACAGGUGCGAUCCUGCCCAGAGCCAGCCCAGCACCGAUCAGAAGGCCAGAGCAGACCAGACAGCCGUCAGAGAGAAGGAUGGGGCAGAGGAUGGGUUACUGCAGGACUCAGAGAAGAAGAAAAGGAGUCAUUCUUCUCCAUCACAGGUUCCUAAAAAAAUUCUCAGUCACAAGACCCACGAAGUGACAGAGGACUUCUCUCCUCGGGAUCCAAGAUCCGUUGUUGCGAGGCAAGAUGACGGAGGCUGCCCUCCCAUCACAGCAGCCUUGCCCCUACCUGGACUGGAAAGGGAAGAGGAAAAAGAAGACAUUUCAGAUACUAUUGACCUGAAUCCCUGUAGUGCAACCUACAGCAACUUAGGGCAAUCUAGAGCAGCCAUGAUACCACCCAAGCAUCCACGGCAGCCUAAGGGAACUUUGGAUGAUGGCAUUGUCUUCAGUGAGAAAACAGACCAAGAAGCACCUAGCGCUUCCCAACCUACGCCACCCCCACUGCCAAAGAAAAUGAUCAUAAGAGCCAAUACAGAGCCAAUCCCCAAAGACCUCCAAAAAUCCAUGGAAACAAGUCUUUGUGUAAUGGCUAAUCCCACCUAUGACAUUGACCCCAACUGGGAUGCCAGUAGUGCUGGCUCUUCCAUCAGUUACGAACUCAAGGGACUAGACAUUGAGUCUUAUGACUCCUUGGAAAGACCUUUGCACAAGGAGAGACCUGUCCCCUCAGCAGCAAACAGUAUCUCCAGCUUAACCACUCUCAGUAUUAAGGAUAGAUUUUCCAACAGCAUGGAGUCCCUGUCUAGCCGGCGUGGUCCCUCUUGCAGACAGGGACGAAGCAUGCAGAAGCCACAGAGACAAGCACUUUAUCGAGGACUUGAGAAUCGGGAAGAAGUUGUGGGUAAAAUCCGAAGCCUUCAUACAGAUGCCUUGAAAAAACUGGCUAUAAAAUGUGAAGACCUCUUCAUGGCUGGACAGAAAGACCAGCUCCGUUUUGGGGUGGACAGCUGGUCAGACUUCAGGCUAACCAGCGACAAGCCAUGCUGUGAGGCAGGUGAUGCAGUUUACUAUACAGCUUCAUAUGCAAAAGAUCCACUUAAUAACUAUGCAGUCAAGAUCUGUAAGAGCAAAGCGAAAGAGUCGCAGCAGUACUAUCACAGCUUGGCUGUCCGCCAGAGUCUGGCUGUCCAUUUCAACAUCCAGCAGGACUGUGGUCAUUUCCUUGCGGAAGUCCCUAAUCGUCUGCUUCCCUGGGACGAUCCCGAUGCCCCUGAAGAGGAAGAGGAUGAAAUGGAAGAAGCUGAAGAAGAGGUGAAAGGAGAAACAGAUGGGAAAAGCCCAGAGCCCUGCUCUGAAACAGAGUCAUCCCAGAAAUCAAGCCAGGGGCUCAUCAGCAGGAAGCAGAGAAGCCACGUGGUGGUCAUCACCAGAGAGGUUCCCUAUCUCACGGUGGCUGAUUUUGUGCGGGACUCUCUGGGCCAGCACGGGAAGAGCCCGGACCUGUAUGAGAGGCAAGUGUGUCUGCUGCUCUUACAGCUGUGCUCUGGCCUGGAGCACCUCAAGCCCUACCACGUCACUCACUGCGAUCUUCGUCUGGAGAACCUGCUGCUCGUCCACUACCAGCCGGGGGGCACCAGCCAGGGCCUGGGGCCCGCAGAGGCCAGCCCCACCUCGUCUUGUUCCACCAGGCUCAUAGUAAGCAACUUCUCUCAAGCCAAGCAAAAGAGCCAUCUGGUGGACCCCGAGAUCCUCCGCGACCAGUCCCGCCUCGCUCCGGAGAUCAUAACCGCCACCCAGUAUAAAAAGUGCGAUGAGUUCCAGACGGGCAUCCUCAUCUAUGAGAUGCUGCACCUGCCCAACCCGUUCGAUGAGAACCCAGAGCUGAAGGAGAAAGAAUACACUCGGGCAGACCUGCCUCGAAUCCCACUCCGCUCCCCCUAUUCCCGGGGCCUGCAGCAGCUGGCCAGCUGCCUUCUCAACCCCAACCCUUCUGAGCGGAUCCUCAUUUCAGACGCCAAAGGCAUCCUCCAGUGUCUGCUGUGGGGCCCCCGGGAAGAUCUCUUCCAGACUCUCACCAUCUCUCCCAGCCCAGCGCAGAGGAGCACCCUGCUCCAGAACUGGCUAGACAUCAAGCGAACACUGCUCAUGAUCAAGUUUGCUGAGAAGUCCCUGGACAGGGAGGGUGGGGUCAGCCUGGAGGACUGGCUCUGUGCUCAGUAUCUGGCUUUUGCCACUCCAGAUUCCCUCAGCUGUAUUGUGAAGACCCUGCAACACCGCUAGUCUGUCCUGGAUGCUACUUUUCUUUCAUUUCCACCUUCCACUCACCUGUGCGCUCCCCAUUCCCAGUGCUCCCAUGGAAUUCAAAGAAAGAAGAGAGACCAACCUUCCAUCCCUGUCCAGAAAAAAAUGAGUGCCCUCUGAAGGCUCAUUCACGGCUCCACACCGAGUACAAAGCUCAGUCUGUCUUCGCUGUACGGUUGUGCAGUUCCCUUCCAUCGGAACACCUUUCACCCUAAUUGUCCCCAAAUGCAGGAAGAAAAUGAACAUGUCCAUCCCAGAAGGGACAGCUCUUUUGGUAUGAACUCAGUGAUCUGUGUCCAAUUCCUCCAUGAUUCUGAGUAUCACCUAUCUUUUUAACACCAAGUAUUUAUUCUCACUAGCAAUAGACAGAUUUGACAGGUCCUUACCAACAUCCACUAAGCUCUCACAACAGACUUUUUUUUAUGUCUUUAAAGGAUCAAUCACUGACUCUCUUACCAGGCAGAACUGCUGUCCCUAGCAUCAGGCCAGUUUUGUGCCUGGGGACUCUAUCCUUUGUUCCAGCAGAUAGUAAAAGACAAGGAGAGAUUUCGUCCUUUGGGUCAUGGACGCAUUUUCCCUUGUCCUCGGUAAGUAGGUGAACUGCACGGAGGACGGCCUGGCCAGUCUCUCCUCUCCUGCCACUGUCUGACUCUCCUUCACCUCAACUCUGUCCCUACUUGCCAGUGAAGUUUGGGUUUAUCAGCCACUUGUGUCCCCUUCCACAACUGACCCAAGGGGGUGUCACCGAUGCCUCCACAGGGUGCAUAGAGUUCGGCUCUGAUAAAGAGGUGGCAGGACACCCGGAGAUGAUUUUCCACACAUGCAGUUCCCUAGGGGGCCCCCCCAGGGGUUGUUGUGCUGGCUUUGAUUACUGUCAGAGCUGGCAGUGUAGACAGCCAUAGCUGGUGGAGCCCAGAUCCCCGUGUUCCCCUGAGCGGUAAUCGGCCAGCUUCCUCCUCUCAGUAGCCAGUGUUAACUAGUCUCCCAAAUGCUGUAGACAUCAGCUAUGAGGGAAACGGCUGUCAACUGAGCUCUGAGAUCUGCUCGGAGGGCACGGCGCACUGGCAGUGAGGGUGGCCAGAGGCCAGGGAGGGGAGACGGCCACUGAUGAGACUGCCGGUCUCCUCACAACGCUGAUCUUGACAGAAGAGGCUGCCUCCCAGGGGCCCCAGGAACAUUGCUCCUUAGAACUCUCUGCAGUGGGCCUGGAGGAUGGCUCGCAAGGAUGUUGAGUGCUGAGGUGGGUGCCUGCGAGCCAUGCCACACGUGGGGUCCAUGCUCCUCUCCUAGGAAUAUAUGUGCAAUUUUUGUAUGUAUUUUUUUUUUAGCUGUAUAUUACAGUGUUUGUGUUGCAAUUUUACCUGAAGCAAGUUCUACAGAAAUCCUCCCCUUCCUCCCUUGGCACAUACACAUUUGCGCUAAGAAAUGAGAGUUCCUUCCGGGGGGCUUGGGGUGGGAGGGGACGCGGGUGCGCUUGUUUUAUUCAAAACUGUGAGUAUCUGUUUACUUCAACCUUGAAAUCCCAAGAGUCACUCAGCUGUGUGAGUGUGCGUACACGUGGGUGUGCACACACGUGGGUGUGCACGUGCAUGCUGGGAGCAGAGGCCAGGCCUCUGAGGGGAACGACCUGUGGCAGGGUUGAGAGAUGUGUCCUCUGCGUCUCAUGGGCGAGGGAGCCCCGGGACCCCUCCCCUAACAGCGCAGAGCUUCUGAAAGCCAAGACUGGUUGUGCAGUAUUACUUAGAGAGCACAUUAGUGGCCUUUUGGAAAUUUCUAAACUUUUAACAUUUUUAACAGCCUUUUUCAUAUGAUUCACCUAAAUCAAAGAGGAUCAAGAAAGGAGAAGAAUGUAUUUUAUUGUGAUCUUCUUUGUGUGUUUUGUUGUUGUUGCUGUUGUUGUUGUUGUUGUUGUUGUUUUAAGAAAAUGGGCCAUAUGAGGCUCCCCAUGGAGGAUGCCCCUGUCCUUCUGGCCAGCUGUAUAGGACUCCCAAGGAAGAGAACUCACCAGCCCACAAACAGCCUGGCCUCCUCUAGCCAGAGGGCAGGGCUUGACCCCUGGAACGGCUGCCGAGCGGACCCGCUGCUGCAGGCCAGCAGUCCGCUCCGUCCACAGGUCCUGGGGCAUGGCUGCACCUCGCCUCGUGGCCUGCUGUUUCGUUCACCUUAGCAGAGCCCACGUGCACAUAAGUCCUUGCCUAAUUAUACACUGAAGUAGCAGUACCCAGACCACUGACCAUGUCAGCCAGCACAUUCCCUUCGCCGUCCUCCCCGCCCUCCCCCAGACGGUCCACAGAUUGAUACACUUACUCAAUGUCAUGCUCGUGGUGCCUUGCCCAUGUAAAUUUGAAUGUUGACUAUUUAAUGAGGUUUCAUAUUUAAUGAAGAAUGUUCCCUGGGCCCUCUGUUUGUUCUCUAGGUAUCCUUUUUCUUUUCCUUUUUUUUUUUUUUUCUGUUUGACUUGGAUCUAGCCUUCUUCGUGUUAACUCUACAGUAUUCUAGGCGUGGACACCCUCGACUACCGUUAUCCUAGAGCACUGGUAAACCUCCCUCGCACCAGAUUUGUUCAGUACUGUUUUUAUAUUCAGACUUGUUAAGGGCAAAAGAUGAAUACCACCUAGUCAGAGAAGGGCCUCAGGCUUCCCAGAGACAGGUGGCUAGAUUAAUUUUACUCUGCAGAAUAUGAGGUAGAGAGGGAAAAGGGUGUUACGGGUUCGAGCAGAACAGACAAAAUAACUAUCUCUAGACAAGAAGUACUACAUCAGAUGGUCCUUGGAGUAUUUUUCCAGAGUAGUGAAAUUCAGUCAGUUAAUGUCACAAAUUUUCUUUACACUCGCAUUUUAAUUACAGUAGGAACUUUGAAUUCAUUCAUCAAUUGGAAAGAAACCCUACCUUCGGACACAGAUGGAUAUAUAUGUGUUAGAGUUUUGCAUUAUGACUAGGAUAGCACUUUAAGUUUUCUCAAUGUCAAGUUACCGUCUUCAAUAUUAUUUGGAAAUUUUUUCUUUUCUGUUGAAGUCCGUACUACAGAUUCUUCCAUUUAUCGAGAGUUUGAACAAUUAAGCCACCUUUGGAACUUUACCUUAAGCCACAUGAGCAGGAACAAUCUCUCUGACACAUUGCGGUGCUAGAGAAACAGGGAAGUGGGUGGAGUAACCAAGAUGAAGCCUGAAUGUAUAUAUAGCAGAGUGCCUUGUUCCGGUGACAAGCUAGUCUUGGAAGGAAGAGAAUCCGACGUCCCACAGCGAGGACUAGGACUGCGAUGCCAGCCUGAGGGAGAGCCCCUUAGGUGAAUGUACACUGAUGUGAUGCUGAGAAGCUAACUCAUGAAGAAUGACCGCAGGAUGGGAGAAAGGGCAGUUGAACCUAUGAAGUCCACAUGAGUGAAUCAUGAAUGAGACCUACCAACCCCCAGACGAAGUGAGAAUUGGAGGCCAAGAGGACGGCAGUGGGUUUCAAGGUUUGCCCUCUGGGGAUGAGCUGGGUGAGGUGUAGGGAGGGCACAAGCACCCACACCACUGACACUGGGGGGUCAAAGUAGAAGGUGCUUGUGAGGAUUUUAAGAGUCUGGGUAGCCUUUCAUCCUCAGGUCAAGUGGGGGCCAGUAUUGCUUCCAGACUCAGCAGAAGGUUGUUAACAUGGAAAACUCAUAAGCCAAGACAUCUAAACCUCUAGAAAUAGUAAUGAUAUUUCUGGGAGGAAAACUGUAUUUUAAGGUUUCUAGUAUUGCAAAUGAAAGAACUUUGGGGCCUACUAAAUAAUAAGGCAUGGAAAGAUUGCACUUAGCUUCCCAAAUUUGAAUUAAAAACACUUCCGUUAGGGAAGUAACCUGACUUGGUUUUGCCAGUAACCUGCAAAUAUAAUACUUUCCCCUAGAUUAUACUGGCAGUGAUCUGAAAAAAAAUACAGACUAGUCCCAGAAAUCAGGAAGUACUCAGGAUACUGCACUGUAAUUCCAAAUGAUUCUAGGUGUUUGAAUGAAGUGUAGACAUACUUGAAGAUGAGGGAGAGAGGGACUUGGCACCCCAGGCCAACUCUGACAUGUUUUUUACUUCCCUCACUAGUUGAUAAGGAUUGCAAAUUCUGGUCCAGCCUAACGAGUGAACAGGAUGGCUGCCCACGAGACUGGGUUAUUAGUUUUACCUCAUUGAAGCUCAUACUCUCAAAGGCCCGAAGUGCUGCGCCAAGACAAAGCCAAGUGCAGCCAGCCCCGAAGGCCAGCUGUCCGUGCUCAUGGCAGUGCCGAAAGUUGGGAGUCUGUGGACCAAAAAAGAUGCCGUAAGGGAAGCCGGGGAGCUACAAUGCAAGAUCCCAGAUAGUGAUGAUACCAAAGAAAUCCAGCCUUUUUGUCCAGAUGCUUUGAAGGGGAGGAGGUUGAGUUGCAACAGAUGCCAUAGAAGGAGAGCUCACAUACAUUCCGUGUCAAGGGAUUUGGCUGAUAAAAUAAUCCAUCCUCCAAAAAAAGCACCUACUUUUUAAAAUAAGUCCAUUUUUGUCUAUUAGGAAAAAAGAUGAUGGUGAUGAUGAAAGCCGUGGUCCCCAGUAUCUGAGGAGAGGGAACUAGUCCCUCUCCCCAGGACGUGACCAUGGCUGUCUCCCUGACUUCAUCUUGGGAACAUUGCAUCCAUGUGAUUCUGAGAGCUGGGCAAUAUUUUUUCUAGGAGACUGUGGUAGUUUCAGUAGGUUUGUUUAAAGAACUCCUGGGAGGUUUCUUAAGAAAUCUGAGUCAUUUUUAUAAAGCUUCCUACAGAGGUGGUUACCACUCGUCACCAUCAUUUAAGAUCUCCAAGUGCCCCGAAUGUACAAGGUGCUACACAGCUGUUAACAUCCCUUCUCCAUAGCUGUUUAAAAUUAGAGUAGGUUUUGCAUCAGCCACUGCUAGAAGCUUCCCCACCUAAGUGGGCUGCAGGGGCCUGCAUUCCCAUCAUCCCAUCACAUGCUUCCCACUCCAGAGAGUCUCUAGGCUUAAUCCAGCUUCUCACCUUUAACCCAUCCCACUCACCCCCAUGCUUUUUUUUUUUUUU